AUGGAGAAAUCUCUCUUGCCUGCUAACUAUGGUGUAGCUGGUCUCUUGAUUUACAAUGAGGAUGCUACAGCAGACCGAAAUCCUCCCAUUCUAGCGAAUGUACACGAAGAUGCAACAUAUCCAGCCUUAUUUUUGUCUUAUCAAGCUGAAACAACUUUAGUUAAUGCAGCACAAAAUUUAACUAUGAAUACAACUGUAAGAAUUCGCAUUUCAACUGAGAAAGUCGCAGCUCCCAUCGGUAAUAUUUGUGCUCAUACAGUGACGGAUGAUGCAAUUGAAACAAUUAUCAUUGGAAGCCAUAGUGAUGGGGUAUCAGCUGGUCCAGGAAUUAAUGACAAUGGUAGCGGCAGUGCCACGAAUCCUGUCCUCGCACCUCGCAACAAACUAGGCCCAUCUAUUCCAAACUUCGUCUUGUCCACAUUACAGAUACCGUGUAAAAUUCUGUUGGUGGGGUGGCGACGAGGUCGCCAUUCUGGUAGUAUUCGAUUAACAUCGUUAUUUCGUGAUUGGUUUACCCGUGACAAUUUGCCGUACAAUAUGAGCGAAUUUAAUGAUCGGAGAGAUUAUGGUCCAUUUUUGGCGGCUGGCAUUGUUGUAUCAGGUUUAGACGCUGGUGCAGAGGGUACAAAAACAAAAGAAGAAAGAGACUAUUAUAAUCGAAUGUUAGGCCAGGGAAAAGGUGGCAUAGCUGGCGCUAUACAUGAUCCUUGCUACCACCAAGCUGGUGACUCAUUAGCUAAUAUUAAUCCCUUGGUUUAUGAGAAAUUGACACAAGGAGCCGCUCAUGUAUCUGAAUAUUUAGGAAGACAUUCUGAUUUACGUUCGUAUUUGUAUCCUCAAGCAGAAACCCGGCAACUAGAAAAAUCAUCGACGAACAAAGCAGCACGAAAGCAUAACGCACAAAAUGAAUUUUAUAGAAAAACUGACUUGUAA